AUGCCAGCUAAGGACGCGUUGCUGGAGCUCGUUGCUCGCCUAUCUUCGCGAGUGUUCCUUGGGUCCGACAUUUGCCGCAACAAGAAAUGGCUUAGAAUUACCAAGGAGUUCACAACAACCAGCUUUGCCGCUGCAGCCAAGCUCAACAUGUUGCCAUCCGUCCUCAGACCGCUGGCCAACUUGCUCGAUCCAUCUUGCCAACAGGUACGGGCCUUCAUCGCAGAGGCUAAGGAAAUACUAUUUCCCGUUAUCAAAAGCCGUCGCAAGGUCAAAGAGGCGGCCAAAUUAGCCGGCAAGCCGGUGCCUGUAUUCAACGACACCAUCGAGUGGGCCGAGGCGGAGUCACAGGGCACGAAGUAUGACCCGAUUGCGUUUCAGUUGAUGAUUUCGUUCGUCGCGAUACACACCACAUAUGACCUGUUGGGUCGGGUUCUAUUACUCUUAGCUGAGCAUCAGGAGACCAUCAAGCCUCUGCGCCAGGAGAUGAUUGAGGUCUUGCAAGCUGAAGGCUGGUCGAAGACAGCACUAAACCACAUGAAACUGUUGGACAGCACCAUCAAAGAAUCUCAGAGAAUCUCGCCAACCUCUUUGCUAACCCUCCGGCGGAUCGCGGUCAACGACGUCACACUCCCCGACGGCACCAGAAUUCGAAGAGGCGAACGCCUGUGCACCCACUGCUGUAACAUGAUGGAGCCCGAGGUCUACCCUGAUCCCGACAGGUUCGACAUAUCCCGCUUCAAGCGACUUCGAGAACAAGCCGGGGGCGAGAGCAAAGCCCAGCUCAUCACCCUAACUCCGGAGCAUCUCGGCUUCGGCUACGGAGUGUACUCUUGUCCGGGACGUUUCUUCGCUGGACACGAAAUCAAGAUAGCCUUAUGCCAUUUGCUUCUGAAGUACGAUUGGAAAUUGGGGGAUGAACGCGGGUUCAAGCCAACCAUCAUUGGCGUCAACUCGUUUAUUGAUCCUAGCAUGUCGAUCGUGUUCAAGAGACGCAAGGAGGAGAUUGACUUGGACGCCUUGCGCUUUGAUGAAGGUGUUUCGUUCGAUAAUGAUUGA